GUGUGUGUGUGUGUGUGUGUGUGUGUGUGUGUGUGUGUGUGUGUGUGUGUGUGUGUGUGUGUGUGAGAGACAGUGAAAGAGAGAGAGAGAGAGAGAAAAGAGUUAGGCCCUCUGAAAAAAAUAUGUGCACAAGCUCAUGUGUGUCUGGGUUUAACUUUAAAAGACGGUGUCAUCUGCCUGGCUAGCAUUCUAGUGGGAGCAACCAUGGCAAGAACUGUGGUGCAAGUCACUCUCUUUGGCCUGCUGCUGGCUUUGGUUACUACGCUGCCAAACAAGGUAAGGCAUACUGCACAGAAAACUAAAUCUAUUGAAUGUGUGAAUUCAAACUUUCAGUGGCUUGGACUUGAUUUUUUUUUCUUUUCUGAAUCUUAUAUCUUUCUGAAAAUUGCAACACAAUGACCUUUGCCUCUGAUAAACAUUCAAAGCUUAGGUUGAGGGACCUGCAGGUUCUGCACCUUUGGUGUUGCUUAAAGUUUUAACACAAUUCGAGUUCCUUUAAGUGACAAAAAUAACUAAACUUUACAGCUACGAUUCCUUUAGGGGACACAAAGCUGGGACUCACGAUGUUUACAAUGAAGUUAAAGGAAAAAAGAGUUUGCACUGUGAAAUGAUAUUAAAAAGAGCGAGGGGUGUUUCUGCAGUUAGACCAAUGACAUUUCACCGAUGCCUCCCACCUUUUUUUUUUUUUUUUUUACAUCACUAUCUGGUCUUUGGCUUGUUGGUCACCGGCCAGAGACCCCAGCCAAGUCGUUUUAAUGAGAAAUUCUCCUUUUGUAUUUGCUCAGGAUGACUGGGACAUUUACAGCUUUCACAUCAACUCAACCGUGAGCAACCGUUAUGCCACCACCGUCAUCACAAGUCGUGUGGCCAACCGAAUGGAUGAGUCGAAGGAAAUAGAAUUUCAAGUUCGGAUUCCCAAGAAUGCGUUCAUCAGUAAAUUCAGAAUGUGUGUAAAGCUGAAAAAAUACAUGAGUAUUUAUGGAAAACAUAGUAAAAAUGAAUGAUAGGUCACUGAUAACUUAUAUGUAUCAAAGUCUUGCCAUUUGUCUCCAGGUUUAUAGAUGGCGUGGCAUAUGAUGGGAUUGUGAAAGCUAAGGAAGCAGCUAAGCAGCAGUAUCAGGAUGCUGUGUCUCGUGGCCAGAGUGCUGGGAUUGUAAGGUACAUGAGUCAAUGGAUGGUGGCAAAAAAUAAAGACUUUCCCUACAACUGUUAUAAGAGAAUUAAAAAAAAUCUUGAUGUGAGGAACUCCUAAAUAACCAGUAGUCGAGUUGUGAAAAAAAAUUAGGGGGGAUGGUGAAUUUUACUUUUUGGGACAGAUAUUUUCUUUUGAUGACAGUGCACAUGGCGGGAAACCAACUGUGUACCCAUUUUAUUGUUACUAAAGCACAAAGAUAAUUAUUAUAUUACAUAAUCCCUCAGAUUGAGCUGUCCAUGUCGCUUGGCCAUGAUACUGAAAUCGCAACCACAUAACCAGCGCUGCUCACUGACGUCAUCUUUUCUUUUAAAAAGAAAAAAAAAUAGUGUUAUUUUCACUUGUGCCGCCUCACCCAGAGUAUUUAGCCAAAUAUGUGCCAAGCCCCCUGUCACAGGGUUCUUGCUCAAUCAAUAAAAAUAUAGUGGAAAAACACAGGCGUAAGGGAAAACAAAGUGAUGGUGAUAGGAUUUGUUUACAGUCGGCCUUCCAAGGUGCAGUGCAUAAAUAUUUACAAAAGUGCAAAAAAAUGGUCGAAUAUUAUUUACAAAAUGUACAAGGCAAAAAAGAAAAGGAUUUCCACUAUAACUCAAGAUUCUCACUCAAGAGAAAAAAACAAACACAGCAGCACUACAAAAGUCAGUUUGGCAGUUACCUUCCAUACAACAAACUCCAGACUCACAGAAAGGCCUAGCCCCUCCCAGUGGGCGUUAAAACUCAUGUACUCACAUUUAAACCAUUUUUACCAUUUUUUACCUUCAGACGUUUUUCUGUAAGUAUUUGCCAUUUUAACUAAGUUUUUACACAAAUCAAUGGAGCAUUAAUCGUGGCAAAUAACAAGGGAAUUAAUUUUUCUUGCAUCAUGUGACGACUUUGACCCUCCAUACAAACUUUUUAAAACACGGAAAUCAUGCUCUCUGUUUCCUCAUUUGGAAACAUGAUCCGGCAUGAUGGCGUGAAUGGACAUCCGGCAAGUAAGUGAAAGGAUGAAUGUCUAUGUGAAUGUAUGUUAAAGUGAACUGAUAGAGCUCCAAGUGUGCACCCUUAGUUACCCUAUCCAACAGAGAAGAAGGAAAAGUAUAGCUGUUUGGUGGGUAGUUAGCGACGCUGGCGGGGAGGGAAAUGUUAGGUGUGUGUGUGGCUCCGUGCGCUAGUGAUGGGCACGGCAGUUCUUUUAGAUGUACUGAAUCUAUAGAAUCGGUUCACUAAAAAGAUUCGUUCAAAAGAUUCGUACACUAAAUCACCAACUCAUGUAGCGCAAUGAUAGGAUGCGGCUAGUUUAAUGCACUACUUGUUACAUGCUGUGUCCUAUUGUAUUGUGUAACUGGCAAUGUUGUUUCUCACUUCAGUUGAGCUCAAGUGAGAAGCGAACGAAUCACUCGAGGAUGUGAUUCGGUCCAGUACUUUCACUUAAAACAUUCGGUUCUUUUGAACGAAUCGUUCGCGAACGACACAACACCACCAUGCGCUGCCCGCAGUAGAGAGGACGCAGCUCCGUCACACCCGCUAAACUUAGAAAUUGCUGUAAUAUUCCUAAUGUUAAAAUAUUUGUCAUAUUUCCACAUUCAUUGACAAAAAUGGCUCAAAGGAUGGAUCGUUUUGACCGUUUUGGAAGGGGAUAGUUUUGAUCAUUUUCAUUUCAGGGGGAUGCCACACUCGACUACUGUAAAUAACUUCUGGCGAGGGGUCUUAAAUAUUCAUAAUUUCAUUUGUUACAAGCCAACAUGAGGUUGGGAACCACUGCUUUGGUACCAUGUUUAUCAUUUCUCUUGAAGUUCUGUAGGGAGGACUCUUGAGGAGUUCAAGACUUCUGUGAAUGUGGCUGCUCACAAAAAGGUCACCUUUGAACUCACAUAUGAGGAGCUGCUCAAACGUAGACUGGGCAAGUAUGAGCUGACCAUCCAUGCCAGACCCAUGCAGCCUGUCAAAGACUUCAAGGUGUGUGACUCUUAAGUUGGUAUCUUGUAUCGAUGAACCAUGAAAACAGUGCAGGGGUUAUGAAAACUCCCAUGCUUCUAACCUCUCUCUGUUUCAUCCAUGUCUCAAUGCCAGGUUGACGUGAACAUCAAUGAGAAAGCUGGGAUCAACUUCAUGGAGGUCAAAGGAGGACUCAACACCAACGCCUUGGCUAAUGCCGUCACAAAAACGUUUGCAAACACAGAGGUACAGCACGGUACUUUGCAGCAGGUUAAAAACUUCACUAAACUUCACUGAGUCAUGAUGGAGAGCCGUUUCACUUUCUACUAAUCUUUUGGCAUUAUUUCGAUAUAACAGGGGUCCAUCGAAAUGCAUUUUUGCAACAUUUCUAGAUUAACUCAACUUAAUGUUUUAACUGCUGGUUCAUUCAGAGUAUUCUAAACUUUGAUUUUCUGUUUACAGGCCUGGGUGUAUUUCUAUCCAACAGUGGACCAACAAAAACUAUGUGACAGCUGUGGAGAGCACGGUAUGAAUGGAGAUCUGGUUAUUGUUUAUGACAUUAACAGGGACGCUGCAUUUGGGAACAUUAAGGUACACCAGUCAUUUAAUUCUGUAGAGUUUGACUGUCAAUGAUGUUUAAGAAACUAUUUAGAUUCGAGCUGCAAGAGUUCGAGAACAACAUGCAGCAGUUUCAUACCAAUAUCUUUGCUAACGUCUUGAAACUUUCACUUCUUCUUCUCUUAGAAAUCACCAGGGUACUUCGUUCAUCACUUUGCUCCAUCUAAUCUUCCCCGCAUACCAAAAAAUGUUGUCUUCAUCAUUGAUCAAAGCGGCUCAAUGCAUGGCAGAAAAAUGCUCCAGGUACAGUGUAUUUAAAGUAAAGGUUUGUUACAAAAGAGCACUGUAGUACUGGAGGCUAUUGGUUUAAGCAUGUGAUGUUUAAGACUCUAUUAUAUGUCUGUGGUGCAGAUUUAAGAGCACACAUCAACGAAGAAUGACAAACUAUCAUGUAUUAUUAUUAUCAGUACUGACAUGUGAUUCAUGUUUUUUAACCAGACCCGAAUUGCAUUGAUUCAUAUCUUGAAUGACCUGGCCAAAGAGGACUUUUUCGGAGUGAUCACUUUUGAUAGCAGCAUCUUUCACUGGAAACGAGAACUUGUUCAGGCUAAUGAGGAAAAUCUGGCCAGUGCCAAGACUUUUGCACAGCGUAUUCAAGAUAGAGGAUGUGAGUAUAUAUUUGAUAUGAGUAUAUAUAUAUAUAUAUAUAUAUAUAUAUAUAUAUAUGUAUAUAUAUAUAUAUUUAUAUUUAUAUUUAUUUAUAUUUAUUUAAAAUUAUAUUUAUUUAUUUAUUUAUUUAUUUAUUUAUUUAUUUAUUUAUAUAUUCAUUUAUUCAUAUUUAUAUAUGUAUUUAUUUAUUUAUUUAUAUUUAUAUUUAUAUAUAUAUAUUUUGGCUUAUGUAUUUCAGCCACAGACAUUAACCUUGCAGUAUUAGAAGGAACACGCAUGCUGAAGGCACAUCCAAGAGAAGAUUCAGCUUCAAUCCUCAUACUUCUCACAGAUGGAGACCCAACUUCAGGUAUGACAAGAGACCUGUAUGCACUCAGACAUGUAUACAUAUGGUUUCAGAAAUCAAUACAUAGGGCCUGAACAAUGAGGUUUAACAUUUCUAAUUUGUGAACACUUCCCUCUGUCUGCUGAAUAAACUCCAAACGUGCAUUUGUCUGUUUCACUCUGCAACUUUCCAUUUACUGUUGAAUCUAUCUUCUCUCUGCAGGGGUGACUAAUCUCGAACAAAUUCAGUCAAAUGUAAGAGAGGCCAUUGCAGGUAAAUUCCCUCUCUACUGCCUCGGUUUUGGUUUUGAUGUCAAUUUUGAGUUCCUUGAGAAGAUGUCACUGCAGAACAAUGGUGCGGCACGACGCAUUUAUGAGGACUCUGAUGCUGAUUUACAGCUGAAGGUAUAACCUAUUACUGCCACUUCCCUCACGGUACUAACGCUUUAAAUAUGGUGAAGUGAAUAUUCAGCCUAAGUCAAAAUUUUGUGCCCACAGGGAUUCUAUGAAGAGGUGGCCACUCCUUUAUUGACAGAUGUGACAAUGAUUUACGAGGGUGGGUUCAAUGUCACCCAGACUAACUUCAGCCAGUAUUAUAAUGGCUCUGAGAUUGUUGUGGCUGGCCAGAUCACAGACAACGACAUUGAAACCUUCACUCCACAAGUUGUGGCUAUUUCUGUAAGGACACUCAACUCAACUUUAUACACAUAGCACCUUUCAGACAUACAAACAAUGCACCUCAGAGUGCUUCACACAAACACAUAGAUAGGAAAUGAAUGAAACUUGAAAGGAUGACAGAAAUAUGAGACCAGACAAAUAAAUGAAUAAACACAAAAUAAAUAGAUCAAGUAUAAUCAAAUAGCACAGAAUAAAAGGAAUAGUCUGAUUGGUGCAUUUAAAAGGGAAGCAGCCGACACUUCACUGGAGCAUAAAAUGACAGCAGACCUGUAACGAAUGGAGGAGCAAAGCCGUGCAAAGCUUUAAAAACAGUUAAAUAAAAAGGGAGUUAAAGUGAUCUGAAUGACUUGUGAUAAAAGCAUGAAUUGAAUUGAAUUGAAAUAAAAAAGGUCUGACUUUUGCAAUGUUACUAAACUGAUAAACACAAGUGCUUAUGACCUUGUUAAGAUGAGGUAUAAAAUUGAACUAAGAAUCUAAAAUCCCUCCCAAGUUUGUGACAUUUGAUUAGACUUGCCGGUGAAAACCUACCUAUUAAAAGAAUUUCUGUUUUAUCUUUAUUUAAUGUUAAAAAGUCCUUGCUCAUCUGUACAGUAAUGUCUAAAAGUCAGGCAGUGGGAGUUUGCAGUGCAUUUUGACUGAUAGUCUGGUGAAACGGAAAUACACAGUUGGCUGUCAUCUGCAUAAAUAAUAUUGCAUUAAUAUGCAUUAAUAAUAUUUGGGCGGCAGUAGCUCAGGAGGUAGAGCGGUCGUCCAAUAACCGGAAGGUUGGCGGUUCGAUUCCCCCCUAAUCCAAGUCUGUCCGUUGUGUCCUUGGGCAAGACACUUAACCCACCUUGCUCCCAGUGUGUGUCCUCCACUGGUGUAUGAUUGUGAGUGUUGUGUGGUGGUGGUCGGAGAGGCCGUAGGCGCAGAAUGGCAGCCACGUUUCCACCACCACCAAAGUGUGACUGUGUGAGCGAAUGAAUGAUGUAUCCAAUGUAAAGCGCUUUGAGGGUCUCUGAUAAAGCGCUAUAUGAAAUCUGAUGCAUUAUUAUUAUUAUUAUUAUUAUUAUUAAAGGGAUAUUCUGGCGUCAAAUUCAUUUAAGAUCAAACACACCAUAACACCGAGUUAGACACCCUCAUCGAGAGAUGAAUGUUGCCGAUUGAGUGCUUCUUUUAGUAAUGACUGCAGGAUAGCAAUAAAGAGAGCCAUGGGCUCAACCAAACACCACUCUAUAGCCACAAAUAAUGUUCAGAACAGCACCUAACUUCAUCAACAGUACAUAUAGGGUCCUAGCCAUAGCACUAGCCACCAAACAUCUUUUUAACUUUGCCUGAUUUCUUUAGCAAAGAGACUAAAUACAACUCACCUACUCUCUUCCAGCAGCCGUUUGUUUGUAGCAAGACCUCAGGCCAGUCCAUUACAGACUGCUGCGGGGUGUGGCAGCUCAAGGAAGAACAUUUAUGAUAACACAUAAAUAAAUAAAUCAUAAAUGUUCUUCCUUGAGCUGCGUCACCCUGCAGCAGUCCGUAAUGGACUGGCCUGGAGGUCUCGCUACAAAUAAGUGGCUGCUGGAAGAGAGUAGGUGAGUUGUGUUUAGUCUCUUUGCUAAAGAAAUUAGGCAAAGUUAAAAAGCUGUUUGGUGGCUAGUACUCUGGCUAGGACCCUAUAUGUACUGUUGAUGAAGUUAGGUGCUGUUCUGAGCAUUAUUUGUGGCGUUUUGGUUGAGGUUUGUUUAUGGCUCCUCAGACCGCUGUGUAUUGCUAUCGUGCGGUCGUUACUAAAGUUGGUAAAACUAGAGAAGCAAGCAGUCAGCAACAUUCAUCUGUCGAGGGGGUGUCUAACUCGGUGUUGCAGUUUGUUUGACCCUAAAUUAAUUUUAUGCCGGAAUAUCCCUUUAACAUGAUCAUUAGCUGUAAUUUUCCAAGUGGAAGCAUAUUUGGUAAAAUAGGCCCAUGAGGUCCUCUUUAAGGAACUCCAUAAUUUAAACCAUGUGUCUCUCACCAAGUGUGAACUGCUUAAAGUUAUGCCAACGAUUCACAAGCACUGACAUCUGAAACUAUUUGCACUAACGCAGAAAAACACAAGGCUGGUGUUCACAGAAUCAAACGGGACGGUAGAGACGACUGGAAUGGUGCCCGACAGUCAAAUCCAGAGAGUUUGGGCCUACCUCACUGUCAAACAGCUUCUGGAGAAAGAGUGAGUGAAAUGUCCUACAUCUUUCCUCUGUAUCUACAUAUCAAGUCCUUUUUUUAAUUAAAGGCAGCGAUUUUAUACUUGUUACUGAUCAACAUUGUAAACAUUUGAUUGUAAACUCUGUUGUCCAUAUAUUGGGAUGGAAAUUUAAGCUUUGAAAGCUCUGAAUCUGGUCCUAGAAUUUUAACACAAGCAAAGCGUGAAGCACAACUUCACUUUGUAACUUUUACUUUGUAAACAAUUAAUAAGUGGUUUAUAAUCCACCUAUAAACAUGACUUAGAUGGUUAUUGUAAAGUUAGGGUUAGGUUUUUAAAUUUGUAAAAUUUACAAUUUAUCAAUGGUCUAAAUGCUAUUUAUAAAUGAUGAUUAAACAUUAAUAAACUAUCUGCUUACCAUUUAUAAAUGGUCUAUUUACCAUUUAUAAGUUAUGGUUAUUGUAAAGUGUUACCAAAACCCUUGUUAUUGCCAUCAUCUUCUGAGAUUAUGCCUCUCUGAAGACUUUCAUCCUGCUCUACCUCAGGAGUCAGUCUUUCAGUCUGUGUGGCAAUUUGCACCAAAUAGCUGUCUGUAAAAAGACAACGGGGCACAAAACCUUAAAAGUAUACAAUAACAACGAACAAACAAAACCACCUCAAAUCAUGAGAUGACCUCCGUUUUAAGGAAAAACGACGAAAGUAGUUUUCGUCUUUGUAAUCGUCUUUGAAAAGUUGCAAGCUCUGUGUUUUAGAACAAACCUUGUAGUCCCAUUUUCUUCCCCUUCUUUACCAUCUUAUGUUUUAGAAAAUUUACAUAACUUGUUGCUCAGACUGCAGUUAUCUGGACCUGAGAAGGACAAUGCAAAGAAAGAGGCCUUGGAGCUCUCGCUGAAGUAUAGCUUUGUGACCCCGCUCACAUCCAUGGUAGUGACCAAGCCCCCAGGAGAGGGAACCGAUGUCCUCCAUAAACCCAAGGAAGGUGAAACAAUACCGGACUUACAGGCUCAGGCAGGAUAUCCCUCAUCCAUGACCCCACAAUUCGGAGGAUCCAGUGGUGGUUCAUAUCUUAAUAGGGGUGGAGGACUUGGAGGUGGGUUUUGGCAUGGAGUUGCAGGCGCUGUUGGAGGAGUUGGUGGUGGAGGUGGAGGUGGAGGUGGAGGCGGAGGCGGAGGCUGGGUUGCUGCAGGUUAGUAACAGAAAUGUGGACGACGUUAAAAAGAAAAAGAAAAGAAAAGAAAUAUCAGUAAUGAUUUUUAAAAUUAUUAUUCCUUUUAGGGCUGCUACCACCAGGUAAGACGUUUUAUGAGUACUGUAUGAAAAUAUUUUACUUUUUCAUUAACUUUUUUUGUUGUGAAAUACUUGAAAUCAAAAAGAUACUUAGGAUUCUAAUAUUGUUCUCAAUUUUGGCCGAUAAUUAGGUCUAAUGUUCCAUAAGCAGGUAGAUGGCUGAUGGAUAAGUGGUAGGCUUCAAUACUGAUACAGAGACACAAUGCACAUCUCUGUAUCAUUACCUGUAUCUUAAUAUGGGGGCUCCACCUCAUGGCCCUCAUUGUGAGAUGUGGAGCCCAAAACUGUCUUGAUGGGUGGAACCAGCAGCUCUAGAUAAAGAAGCCAAACAGUUCAUUUGAUAAUAAAGAUUAAGCAGAAUUCAAAAUUAAAAUUUGAGGGUCAGUGCAAAGUGAGGGGGACAAACUUAGCAAAAGUAGGUUAAUUAUAAAUUUUGUAAUGAAUGCAUGGUGAGCUAGCUCUAAAGUCUGGUUGAAAAUCUCCCACAGUAAAAAAAUCUUUUGCAGGAUUUAAAUUGUAUGUCCUCUCGCAUAUUUAAGACAGAAUAAUAAUAGUGUUACUUAUGUCAAAGGAAACUCAUUUAAUUUAAAUACUCCCAAGACUAUGUUUCUUGUAAAUGUAUUUAACUCAAAUAACUGACCUCAACCAUUCAAGUUAUAAGGUGCAAAAUCUACCAAUGGGAUAUCAUUAACGUCAGUCAAUAUUUCCUCUAUGUUAGUACAGUAGGUUUUAUCCAAUGGGAAUCCAUGUGAGCUAUGUGAUGUCUAACUGGAAGGAUGUUGUUUGCCCCCUUUAAUAUCUGACUUUUAAAAAUCUGUAUCUUACCUUAUAGCCAUGUAGUGAAAUCCUUAUACUUAACAAAUCAUUGAUUCUACCUCGUUUUAUAGUUCAAACAAUUACAAAAAUACACAGCUGGCCUCAACUAUGGUGGUUUCCUGACAUUUGUGAAAUCAAACUUGUAGUUUAGAGGAAGAUUUCUGAGUAUCACAAAAUGUUAUGUGUUAUCUAUUUUCUUUUUGAUGGGUAUAAAUCACCUCUGUAAUACCACCAGGAUCAAAAGAGUGACUUAAAAUGAAAAAAGUUUAAAAAAAAAAAGGCUACUGGUUCAUAGCAUUUUCAGAUAUCUUAUUUAGUAUGAAUUAUUAAGAAUAGUUAUUUUAGAUUUAGUAAAGUGUAAGCAAAUUCAUGCUGAUCAUUGAAUUUAUCUACAAGAAGGAUUAAUUUCUAAAAUUUUCCACCUCUUUUCCAGCUACAGACUAUGACGUUGCUUAUGACGCCUUUAUGGGGCCUCCAGGUAAUUUUCUGUUUUCCUAUCUUUGAUAAUAUGUCACUAAAUGCAUCUAAUGAACUGUAAAGUACUCUAAAAAGGCUGGUGAUGCCUCUGUAUCUAUUCCUGUAGUAAAACAAUACAAAAGUUUUGCAGUAUGUUACAUCAGUCCCACCAGUCAAGGAUCUGUUAACAGAAAUGUUGGUAUAAAAUAGCAUGAAAAAACAACUUCAACCCCGCCACCCCUCAAAAACAAAAUAAAUAAAUAAAAGCGAUCUGCAUGUAAAAUCACAACGGAAUGAAAACCUCCUUGGAAUCUUCUCCCCUUUAUCAUAUGAAACAAUUUCGCUAAUUUUCUGUUCACAGAAAUGUUGGAUUAUUCGGACAGCGUUGAUUCUGUCGAUAUAAUUGCUGCUACACAUGGUCCAUCGUUGUUUACCACCGUGACCAUGGAACCAACUUUAGGUAGAGUAUCUCAUACAUGUAAUUUACAUGACUAAUAAAAUCUAACCAUGGUCUUUUUUGAGUCAGGGUGAAAUGCACAAUUGAACCACAUUAAUAUAGAGCGUCAUUAUUUUAUCAAUAGCAGGCAGAAAUAUUCAAUGAUGGGAAAAUUACUAGCAAAAUGUAGGGAGCUGAGCUUAAUCAUAGUAUUAAAGGGAUAUCCCAGCGUAAAAUUAAGUUAGGGUCAAACACACAGUGACACCGAGUUAGACACCUCAUCGAGAGAUGAAUGUUGCAGACCGCUUGCUUUUCUAGUUAGACUUUAGUCAGUCAAUGGACUCGCCUGGGGGUCUCUGUACAAACAAGCGGCUGCUAGAGGAGAGUAGGUGAGUUGUGUAUGUAGAGUCCAGGGACAAGCUGUCGGAGGGGAGCGGGUCUCUACAAUCUGAAGGUGUGGGCUUGGUUGUGAAGCAUGCUGGGGUUUCUGUUUUCUGAGAUAAUUAUUCAGUUUAUAUGCUCUCUCAUCCUAAUUCUUCUCCGUUGGCAUUAUUCAGCAUUUUCCACUGAACACAUGGUUGGAUUUGGUUUUGGUCCAAUUUGCAAAAUCUUGGUUGGCAAGUGUAUUCUUGGGUUCUUCAACAGAAUCCAGAAUUUGAUGGCAGGUUACUCCAGUUUAUCCUGUGCAUGUUUUACUAUUUAUUCUGCUCUGUUGGGCGGCUGGGCCAAUAAAAUUGGAUAUGUGGUUUACACAUACAUCUCCGUAAUGCAUGGAGAUGUGUGGGAAUAAAGGCACUGGUCUCCAUUAUGCCUUGUGAAAUUACAUGAGUUGGUAACACUUUACAAUAACCAUAACUUAUAAAUAGAUAGUUAAUUAAUGUGUAGCCAUCACUUAUAAAUAGCAUAUUGACCAUUAAUAAAUUGUAAAUUUUACAAUUUUAAAAACCUGACCCUAACUUUACAAUAACCAUCCAAGUAAUGUUUAUAGGUGGUUUAUAAACCACUUAUUAAUCAUUUACAAAGUGCUACUGGCACAUUUUAAUCUAGAUGUUUUACAACCGACAUUUAAACCCUGUAUAAACCUUCAAUAAAUAGUCCAUUAAUAAUUAUGAAAUGUAUUAUUCUUAAUGGUAAAGUAACUAUUAACUUACAUUAAUAAACUAUCUAUUUGCCAUUUAUAAUUGGUCUAUAUCCUGUUUUUAAAUUAUGAUUAAACAUUAAUAAACCUUGUAUUUACCAUUUAUAAAUUAUGAUUAUUCUUAAGUGUUACCCAUGAGUUUUUGAGAUUACUUUGAGUGAAAGAACCAAGGCCCCUGAAAUUAAGACACUCCUGCCAGAGGUAGAAAAAUGCACAACCAUCGUUUUUUAAAUUUUAACAUGCCUGGUUUAUGAAACAGAUGUCCCCAGUUUUCAUUUCAGAUAUCUGGUCUGUUAUUGAGAUGUUUUUUUCUGUGACAAUUAAAAUAAAUAAAAAACAUAAUGAAACAUCAUAUUCCUAGAACCUUAUUUGUUUGAGGACAUGAUAGUGCAUUUGUUUUCUUUUUUCAUGUCAAUGUCACACGAGCAGUACAUUUCUUGGAGCUUACACCUCAAAAGAUGUUCAUGCUUUCUGAUCACAACCAGAGGAAAAUUCAUGUUUGUAUGGUUAUUACCAAUUGAGGUAGAAGUCCGUUUUUGGCCGCAGAAGUGUCUCUCUUCAGUUCAAAUGCAUGCACUUUGACUCUGCUGCCCUCUGUAUCUUUGUGUGUCUUAGGACCUCCUAUUACCCCUCGAGGAGGAAGUUCUACGCAUAUGCAUACAGUUUCUCAUCAUGUCCCUGUACGUCCUCCUAAACGCCAUCACCAUCGAAUUAUCCUCCCUGCACCACCAGUCUUAAGUUUGACUCCAGUGGCCCGUGCACCACCAGUCUUAAGUUUGGCUCCAGUAGUCCCUGCAGCACUUCCACAAUACCCCCACACAUUCUUGCUUAAAACAGCAGACCUGUCUCCUCCAUUGUGCUAUGGUAUCUUUGAAAGUGUCCGCCUCCAGCUUCUUCACCAUCCCAACAGAGGUCAGUAAUGUUUUUUCUGUCUGUUAUCAUCAUUAACUCCCAAAAACAGUAAAAAUUCAGAUUUUCCUCCUCCUCCUCAGUUUAAAGCUAUACUGUACUUUGUUUUAUACUUCUUCAAACUAUUGUACUCAACAGUAUAAGCUGUACUUUGAUUACUGUGAAGAAAGUUGACAGAGUGAUCCAUAAUCCAACACAAAGUGAAUUUCUUUUUCACUCUCAAAAUCACUUGCUAAAUCUAUCUUUGGAGAAUUAAUUUUUAGCAAAAGCGGUCAAUCUCUGAAUUGACCCUGGCCAGGUAGUAGUGUUACUCAUCUGGCCUUGCUCAUGAUUAUAAAUCUCAGUCUGCUUAUCGAAGCAGCUUUAAAUCAAACAUGAGUGCCAUCACUGCUUGUAUUAAGUUUUAUGAUGAGUCUCAUUGUGUUUCUGUUUGGCUUUAGGGCUGUCUGUGAACGGUGAGCUUAGCUCAGUGUCACAUGGAGGCUUUAAAAGGAUCGUCAUUCGCACAGCUCAGCAAAACUUUGAGGUUGACCCCCGAGAAAUCACAGUGCAAGAUGGGCAGACUGUGUCCGUCCACGCUCAACAGGAUGAACACAUUAUCGGUCAAAAGUGAGUUUGCAUUGUUAUGGAGGGAAAACAGAUUCCCUGACAUGCAGAGCUGAUUCAGGAUCAUUGCCUCUGUGUGCAUAGUCAAGUUUUCAUGUCUGGCCCGAAUCAAUGUGUCUACAUGAUGAAAACAGUGGCCUUACCAGUUGGUUCAAUAAGUGUGAACAUGAAGCCUCAAGUUUGCCAUGUUCUGGCCACAAUGAUGGUUUCCUUUGAGAUGAUGAAAUGUUGGUACUAGACCUUUGAAAGUGUUUUCUUUGCUAGUGUUACAGUGAUCAGGCGGAGCAAACAAAUCGACAUUAUAGGAGAAGACACUCGCAUCAUUAUCCUGAUUCACGAUAAGAACAACCAUCUGUUCCUCUGGCCUGUUCUGGCACAAAAGCCGGCUGACACCAACAUUAAAGGGAUUUUAGGUAAGUGGAACUACUCACAUUAUUUAAUAAUUUGUACUACAAAUAUUAUUUCAGUGUUUUUCUUUUCUUACUUGUUUUUUUGUUUGUCCUGUUGGCGUUCAGCUCUAGAGCCAGCAGUUUAUGAGGAGGUGCAGAAAACUCCAACAACCAAACUCAGGAUCCAUAACAAGGACACCAACGCUUUUAGGUAUUGUAUUAGUAGUGAAAAAAAAUAGAUUUACAGGAUGAGGUUGCGCUCUCUAAAAACAUUUGAUUUUUGCACAAAUGUAAGAUCUUGUUGUUUUAUUUGCAGCUUCAGGACUGAGGACUACAGUUUCCCCUCUGCACCAACAGUGGAUUGCUGGAUUGUGCCCGCUGAGUCGGCCCUACAGAGGCCCAUAAAUGAGUUCAUGGUAGCACAACUUUAACUUGGAAAGUGUUAAAUCAUUUCAAGUGAUUUCAUUUAAAGUCUUUUAGAGUGGAAAAAUACUUUUCACCUCCUGAUGACGAAUCAAACCCACCCCAAGUCUUUGGUUGUAUUGUAUGAACUUAAACAAUAAACAUUCAUCGAAUGGACUUGUCCAGAAUAAA